AUGCUGUUCUUCCACCGACAAUUAUUCUUCCUUCUUUGUUUCGCGUCUUUUGCCCUUGCCAACACAGAAAUCGUGAACUUCGAAGCUUCAGAUCAAAUAGAUGUGCACAUAUCUGACGAUCAUAACUGGCAUGUCUUGAGCCCUGGAGCUAAUGAAAAAUCCUUCAAUGUUCAACCUGCGCCAUUUGGCACGCGCAUGAAUGUCGUCUGCUCGUCGCCGCAGGAGCUGCUCUCGAAAGCGCCCAACUGUUCGAACGAAAUUUGGAUAAAGCUUGAUUUGGAUCAUCCUGAUUGGAAGUCGUAUACGAAGUAUACUUUGCGAAUAUCAUGGCCUGGUUCAUCUCCUGCGGAUUUCGGCAUGAAUAUUUUCAACCCAGAGACAACUGCUUCACGCUUCGCAGGGAAACCAAUAUCUCCACCAGCCCGGACGCGUGUCAAGUUCGCCCGUAUCCGCGUUGUCGACGCUGGCAUCAUUUCUCCUCUGUCUGGUGUAACUGAAGUCCGUCCAGUACCCUUCAUGGUCAUUCUAGAACCAUUAUACUUUGGUUUGAUACCGGCUUCAAUUGUACCUUUCCUAUGGGUGCUUUUGCCGACGAUAUUCGUGUCUAUACUAGUGGCUCCUUAUGCGAAUGCAUUCUUAUCUGAUAUAGCUGCUGCUGCCAGAAGGGAAAUCACUGGGAAGGAAGAAUAG